AUGUUUGCGGCUCGGUUUGACCCAAAUUCAUAUAAUGAACAGGUUAAUACUGAAAGUGUGCCAAUUAUCCCUAUUAAAAGAGUGCAUGAGGAUGACGAUGAUAAUGAUAGCAGCUUAAGUGAUGACGAGGAAAAUAAUAAAGAGGAAGCUUCUUCUAAUUCUGAAUCUGAAUCUGAACAGGAUGCUAUCGAAGAUAACCACGAUGAAGCUGUAAAUAAUGAAACAAGCGAUUCAGAAAACUUACACUCAAAGCAUCACGCUGUUCUAAGCAGAUUCCAGCAGACAAUAUCUCUACAAGACAAGAUUAAUAAUAAGGAUGAAGUAGCAGAUGAUAAAAAAGAUGAUGAAUCAAAUUUUAUCCAUGAUAUUGCACCUAUUCCACAACCUGAGAAGGUUAAGAAUCUUAGACGUGUUGAUACGUAUGAACAUAAGUUAACUGCAUGGAAAAAUACAACAAUGGUUCAUUACAAGAAUUCGGAAGUUAAAGCAUUCAGCGAGUACUCUAGUAUCCUUAGUGGGAAGUUACUCGCAAAUAUUGAAAAUAAUUUUUCUAAAGAGACGUUUCCAAUCCAAGCAAGCUUGUUGGACAACGUUUUGUCAAAGCUAACGACAUCGUUCAACGUUUCAAAAAGGAAGUUUACGAGGCAUGUUGGUGAUCUCCUUGUUAAUGCAUCUACUGGUUCUGGAAAAACCUUAGCAUAUUCGAUUCCUAUAGUGCAUGUGUUGCAGAACCGUGUUGUUAACAAGCUACGGGCCAUUGUUCUAGUUCCCACUAAAAUUUUAAUACAUCAGGUUUACGAAACAAUGGCUACCCUAACAAAGGGCAGUAGUUUGAUUGUAGGUGUAUCAAAGAUAGAGAACUCUCUUAACGAUGAAUAUCUGAAGUUUAAAUCACAGGAGCCCGAUAUCCUCGUGAUAACUCCUGGUAGAUUAGUGGACCAUCUACAACUGUCUACAUUCUCUUUGAAGAAUCUGAAGUUCUUGGUUCUUGAUGAAGCCGACAGGUUAUUAAACCAAUCCUUCCAGAACUGGUGUACAGUACUCAAAAGACAUAUAAAGGAAGACAAGCUAGAUAAAAAUUCUGGAAACGUGAUAAAGAUGGUUUUCUCGGCGACGCUAACUACCAACACCGAAAAGUUGCAUUCCUUACAGCUGCACGACCCAACACUGUUCUUGAUGGACUCUAUUAAACUCUACACAAUGCCCAAGCAGCUGCAAGAAUACAAUUUGUGCGUACCGACCGCUAAGAGUUUUGCAAAACCGCUAGUUUUGUUGCGCACUUUGUCACAAAUCAAAGAAGCACAAGUAAAGGCUCUGGUGUUUGUAAAGAGUAACGAAGCUUCUCUCAGAUUAGCAGCUCUGCUCCAAUUAAUGCUUAAUAAGGCUUUGGGACCCGAAGAACUUGAGAUAUUCUCCAUCAACAAUAAUAAGAGCCCUGCUCUCAACAAGAAACUCAUCUCUGCCUUUUCUAAGACCUCUACUGUUCCAAAACUAUUAAUAUCCACCGAUGUUAUGUCCAGAGGUGUUGAUAUAACCAACAUUACUCACGUCAUAAACUAUGACCCACCAAUUUCAUCCCAGCAAUAUGUUCACAGAUGUGGAAGAACCGCAAGAGCUAAUACCAGCGGUACCGCGAUCAAUAUACUCGUAGGAAAAGGCGAAUUAAAGUUCUGGCAAAGCCAUAUAGAUACAGAUCUAAACAGGGAGCCUGAUGGAUGCCAAGCUCAAGAUUACACUGAGGAAUUCCUAUCAACAAUUUUGAACAUUGAUGAACAUGAGAAGUCUUAUUACGAAGAAUGCCUCGAUGAAUUGAAGCGCAACGUCCUUAGUGGAUAG